AUGAGUAUUCAAUUUGGACUUAAUAUUUCAAAAAGCAGUAAAAUUCCUAAAAAUACACAAAGGACUGUGGGUUUAUCGCUUUUUGGAGAAGAAGAUGAGAGCACUGAUGAAAACUUUUUUGAAGAUAGAACAAAAGUAGUAAAUCAAGAGCUAAAUUUGCAUUCUCAGUUUUCAUAUAAAAAUAAUAAAGAUAACGACUAUGAUCGAGAAAUUGAUCCUUCAGUUUAUGAAUAUGAUGAAAUAUAUGAUGAAAUGAAAGAUGCGCAAAAAAAGCGAAGAACAGAAACAGAAGAAGACAAGGAACAGAGAAAGCCAAAGUAUAUGGAUAAGUUUUUCAGAUUAGCAUCUAUAAGGGAACGUGAUAGAUUAAGAGCUCAAGAGAAAAUGCUUCAAAUAGAAAGACAAGCCGAGGGCGAUAUCUAUAAUGAUAAAGAAAAAUUCAUUACAGAUGCGUAUAAAAAACAACAAGAAGAGUUAAGUCGCUUUGAAGAAGAAGAAAAUGCAAGAGAAGCUUUAAUGAAAAAAAAAUCCAAGGGAAUUAUAUCAUUUUAUAGAAAUAUUCUUGAAGAAACAGAAAAAGAUCAUAAUGAAGUAAUUAAAGCAAUUUCAAAAUCCCAUAAAAUUUCAAAAGUAACUGAAGAAACUUCGAAAGAGAGAACAGCAGAAGAAAUAGCGAAAGAGUUAAAUGAAAAGGGUGCUAAUGUUAUUGUGAAUGAUGAUGGUGAAGUUGUAGAUAAAAGACAACUUUUGUCUGCUGGACUUAAUGUAGCUAAAAAGUCUAUAAAAGUAUCACAAGAAUUUUUAAAAAUGCAAAGAAAUUCUUAUAAUUCUAAAUUUACUUCAAAACCUUUUGAUGCACAGAGAAGGGAAAGGGAAUUUUUAUUAAUUCAAGAACAGAUUAAAAAAACGGAGAAAGAAAGGGAAGAAAUAGAGCGUUUGAAACAUGAAAAGCUAGUCAUUGAUAGUCAACAAAAAAGAUCAUCCGAAGAAAUUAAUAAGAUAAAAGAGAGAUACUUAAAAAGAAAAGGUGAAUAUACUUUGUUAUUAUAG